CUGAUCCACGAUGAACUGGGCCGGAUUUUACGCCAUCCUGAGCGGCGUGAACCGCCAUUCCACGGGCAUCGGUCGCAUAUGGCUGUCCGUGGUCUUCAUCUUCCGCAUCAUGGUCCUGGUGGUGGCGGCGGAGAGCGUGUGGGGGGACGAGAAGUCGGCGUUCGCCUGCAACACCCAACAGCCGGGAUGUAACAGCGUCUGCUACGACCACUUCUUCCCCAUCUCCCACAUCCGGCUGUGGGCCCUGCAGCUCAUCAUCGUGUCCACGCCGGCCCUCCUCGUGGCCAUGCACGUGGCCCACCUGCAGCACCAGGAGAAGAAAAUCCUGAAGCUGUCCGGCCACGACGACCCCAAGGAGCUGGCGCAGGUGAAGCGGCAGAAGAUCCGCAUCUCGGGCACGCUGUGGUGGACCUACACGCUGAGCGUGGUCUUCCGCAUCAUCUUCGAGGUGGCCUUCAUGUAUCUCUUCUACCACAUCUACCCCGGCUACGCCAUGAUCCGGCUGGUCAAGUGCGGCGAAUACCCCUGCCCCAACACCGUGGACUGCUUCGUGUCCCGCCCCACCGAGAAAACCAUCUUCACCGUCUUCAUGCUGGCCACGUCCGGCAUCUGCAUCGUCCUCAACGUGUCCGAACUCUUCUUCCUGAUCGGGAAGGCGUGCGCCCGCCGCAGGCUCCGCCACGAAGACUCCUACCGGGGCCACGAGCAUCGGCAGAACGAGAUGAACACCUUGCUGACCGUGGACAGCCUCAAAAAGGCGCCCGGGGGCCAAGAGAAAGGAGAGCACUGCUCCACGUCCUAGGGGG